AUGUCCUGUCCAGGGGAAAGGAAAACAUUCCCUCGCGCCAUGCUGCUACUUCUCCUAAGCUUCCUGUUCUCCAUCACUCCUGUCUCGAAGACCAAUGAGGAAAACAUCACCUUUGCUUAUUUUCUUCCCACAGUGGAGUUUGCGGUGAACACAUUCAACCAGAAAAGUCAGGAGGAAUACGCCUACAGGGUAGAGCAUGUCCUGAGUUCCUGGCGGGAGGAGGUGAAUUUUCCUACUGUUUACUCCAUGAAGCUUCAGCUGCGUAGAACCCUGUGCAAGCAAUUUGAGGAAAGCCUGGACACUUGCCCCUUUCAGAUGAGCUACAGUCUGAAUAAUACCUUCACAUGCCUGUUCACUAUCGGUACCUUUCCCUGGGUAACACAAUUCAAGCUCUACAAGUAUGUGUGCUUAUAGUUCCUCUGACCAGAGUCAUCCAUGGACUGGCCCUGCACUUCUCUCUGCAU